CCGGGCUGAUAACAAGGGCCGGCGAUAGAGGCGAAACGGCUCGACCCAGAAUAAAUACGUUCUCCUUUAAAUCAGCUUCGAGAAUAUGGCUGCGCUGUGCAUAAUGGUUUUGUCACAGAGGCCGCAUUAGAGAGGCUCUGUUAGUCCCCGUCCCCUCCAAAAGACAGCGAGGAUAAUCUGAAAGAGAAGGAACACUGAUUCUUGGUUGCCAGAAGAUUUCCUGUGUCAUCAAAGCAGGUAGUAGCACAGUGGGAAAGGGAAGAGGAGACGGGAAGUUGCAUUGGCGGCUGGCACAGCAAUCAGAGAGCGGGAAGGAAGGAUAACGGCACUCAAAGAGCUCCAGAAUCGAAAGGGUAGUGUCCAGGACGAGGACCGAGGAGAAAAUAAAAUCAAGAGAGGCCUGUAUUCAGCUGCAGACAGAGGGUGGGAGGGGAAAGGAGUAGAGAAGAGGAGGAGACACCAUAACAGACUGAAGAACCAGAGAUCCAGCCACCCUCAAAAGAAAAACAGCUGCACUCCACUCAGAGAGAGCGAGUUGGACUCUUCUGUAGUGUCUUGUUCUGUCUGUCUUCCACUGUCAGAAUGAAGCUGAAGGAGGAUGUGCCUCCUAUCCUUUUGCAGGUCUUUCGUUCUGUGGUUUGGGUCUAUUCGGUUAUCACCUUCAUACCUUGGUACCUACUGUCCGGAACUGGGGCCAAGCAGUCCCGCGCUAAAUGCAUCAAAGCACGCUCUGUGACUGGUGAUCCAGCGGGACCAUACCGUGCAGUAAACAGCCAGAAGAAGCUGGUCUCCCAGCUUCAUGAGGGGAUAGACACACUAGAUAAAGUGCUUGAAUAUGCGGUCAGACAUUUCCCUCAAAGAGACUGCCUUGGCACCAGGGAGUUGCUUAGUGAAGAGGAUGAAGUACAACCCAAUGGCAAGGUCUUCAAGAAGGUAAUACUUGGUGACUAUAAUUGGUUGUCAUAUGAGGAAGUGUUCAAGUUGGCCCAGAGGUUCGGCAGCGGGCUGGCUGCUCUGGGUCAGAAGCCGCUGUGUAACAUAGCCAUUUUCUGUGAGACUCGGGCAGAGUGGAUUAUAGCAGCACAGGCCUGCUUCAUGUACAACUUCCCUGUGGUGACUCUAUACUCUACUCUGGGAGGGCCAGCUAUUGCUCAUGGCCUCAAUGAGACAGAGGUCACUCACAUCAUUACCAGUAAAGACCUGCUGCAGAGUCGCCUCAAGGAGAUUCUGCUAGAUGUGCCUAGACUGCAACACAUCAUCAUAGUGGACAACAAGCCCACCAGUUGGCCUGGAUUACCCAGAGGCAUUCUGGUCCACAGCAUGGCCUCUUUGCAGGAGUUGGGAGCCAAGCCUGAGAACAUGGCAGUGCAACGAAGGCACCCCCUCCCCUCCGACAUCGCUGUGAUCAUGUAUACCAGUGGCUCCACGGGCAUCCCCAAAGGAGUCAUGAUCUCCCAUAGGAACAUCAUUGCUGGAGUAACUGGCAUGGCUGAACGCAUCCCAGGCCUGACUGAGGAGGACACCUAUAUUGGCUACCUGCCACUAGCCCACGUGCUGGAGCUCAGUGCUGAACUGGUGUGUGUUUCUCACGGCUGCCGCAUUGGAUACUCCUCACCGCAGACACUCGCCGACCAGUCGACCAAAAUUAAAAAAGGCAGUAAAGGAGACACCAGUGUCUUGAAGCCAACAGUGAUGGCAGCUGUACCGGAGAUCAUGGACCGUAUCUAUAAGAAUGUGAUGACUAAAGUAGAUGAGAUGAGUUGUGUGCAGAGGACUCUCUUUGUGCUGGCCUACAACUACAAGAUAGAGCAGAUCUCUAGAGGAUAUGGCACUCCACUGUGUGACAGGCUGGUGUUCAGGAGGCUGCGAAUGUUGCUAGGUGGGAACACACGGGUGUUGCUGUCAGGAGGGGCUCCAUUGUCUGCAGCUACUCAGCGCUUCAUGAACAUCUGUUUCUGCUGCCCUGUGGGUCAGGGCUACGGCCUCACAGAGACCUGCGGAGCUGGCACCAUCAGCGACUAUUAUGACUACAGUACGGGCCGUGUUGGAGCUCCACUGAUCUGCUCUGAGAUCAUGCUUAAGGACUGGGAGGAAGGCGGAUACUAUAGCACUGACAAGCCUAACCCUCGAGGAGAGAUUCUGAUUGGUGGGCCCAACGUUACCAUGGGUUACUAUAAAAAUGAGGUAAAGAACAGAGAGGACUUCUUUGUCGAUAAGAAUGGCCAGCGCUGGUUCUGCACUGGGGACAUCGGAGAAUUUGAGCCCGACGGCUGCCUCAAGAUCAUCGACCGUAAGAAGGACCUGGUGAAGCUGCAGGCUGGGGAGUACGUGUCUCUGGGGAAAGUGGAGUCUGCACUGAAAAAUUGCCCUCUAAUCGACAACAUAUGUGCAUACGCCAACAGCGAUGAAUCAUAUGUGAUCGGCUUUGUGGUACCCAAUCAGAAGCAGCUACUGGCACUGGCUAAACAGAAAGAGGUGCGAGGGUCCUGGGAGGAGAUCUGUAACCUCCCUGACAUGGAGAAGGAGGUGCUUCGCAUCAUCACAGAGGCUGCUAUUGCUGCCAAGCUAGAGCGCUUUGAGAUCCCCAAGAAGAUUCGCCUCAGUGCAGAGCCGUGGACUCCAGAGACGGGCCUGGUGACGGAUGCCUUCAAGCUCAAACGCAAAGAGCUCAAAACCCAUUACCAGGAAGACAUUGAGAGGAUGUAUGGGGGCAAGUGAGUAAAGAAAAAGGGCAAACAGUGGCAGAAGGGGAGGAUUUGGGAAUUAACGCACCACAACGCCUACAAGAUGUGGCCCACCUGCACUCUUCCUUCUCCUGCUAGGAUCAAACCAGGAACACUUGAAUUUUUGUUACAGUGAAGUUUCAAAUCUGAUCUGACCAAAAAAUAAAAAAAAGAAGUAAAAAGAAUAACAGCAGCUUCCUUCAACCUGAGGGGGAGAAUGGCCUGUGUUGAGAGACUUCUUGGAGAUGCAACACACACAGAUUUGCGUAAAAGAUUGUGGAUAUGCUAAGACCCCUCCACCACCAAACCCUUCUCUUUCCUGAGGGUCCUUUCAGGAAGACACAUUCUAUGCUUUUCACCUUGGAUCUCAGACAUUGUAAAUUAAAUAUAUGAACCAGCUACUUUUGUCAGGAAAGUGGUAGGUUGACUCCACUUGCAGGCUUGGGUCUACGCAGGGAAAUCUUUUACUCUGUUUGGUUUUGCUUUUGUUGGAUUUGUGUUUGUUUUUUGUUUUGUUUUUUCCUUUCUUGACUUGUUUGUCAGUACUGUCUCCAUUCAAUUAAUAUCUUAUGUCUUGUGAAAUCAAGCCUUGAGAGAUUUGAAUGUGAAGGCCUCUUACACUUUGUUUUCCUUCAUCACUCCUAUUUUGCCUUUAUCCCAAAGUUUGUUACAAAGAAUUGCUGUUUACUGUUGCUCUGGGAUAAGGUCUUGACAACAAUGAUGAUGAUGAUGAUGAUAAUUAUCAUAGUAAUAUACUGCAUUACUCGUAUAUUGUGCUGCGUGCUUGGCUCUUGCACCCAUUUAUGGAGGGUUUUAAAUGAUCUGUAGUGAAGCAGUAACCCAGAACAGGACCCACUUUCCCCACUAUCAUUACAGCGCAAAGGUCAGCUAAAGGGACAGUUUUCUCCAAAAAUGCUAACAUGGCUAACAGUAAGGGGAAACUAGCAUAGCAUGAAACCCAGAAGCUGUGCUAAUGGCUGGGUAUUGUGUCCUGACUUAGUGGUUAUGCUAACUGCCAACUGACUUUCAUGCCCUGCUACCUUCUAUUCAUUGCUCACUGCUGCCUUUUGUGUCUGGUUGCUGCCAUUCAUUGUUAGCCAUAAUAGCAUGUCGGGUCAACUGUCCUUUUAAGAUGGUGUAAUAGCUUAAUAUGCUUGUAUGAAUUGGCAAAAGCUCUGCCAUUUGGCUUUGGGGAAUUGACCAAUCGUGUUCCACCUUCAAAUGUGUUCUUUCGUAGUACAUUUAGAACAGGUAGGAAAAACUGUACAGAAUGUUGACUAGAAACUGUAGUGCACAACUCAGAGUGCUUUAUUCAUGAUCCGGUAGGUUUUUUUGUGCACCCAUGCUAACAUUAGCAUGGUGGCAAAUUUUAUGUUGUUGUUUCCAACCUUCCUAAUUUUAAUUAGCUACAGCAACAGUCCAGGGGCCUGUCUCUCGAAGCAGCAUUUCUUGUUUAGCCAGAUAACUUAAUGCUUAGUUAAGGUAACCCUGGAUUUUCCAUCUCAUGAUAGAUCACAUUUUACUAGACUACAUCACCAUGCACACCUAACCUGCUUCAGGGCUGGUUAGGUUUGGAAUUUCAGAUUAUAAACAGUUGUUGGACUAGUCAGGGCUGAGCUUCUGACUAUCAGGGACAGCCUUCUGACGGAGACGGGCUCCUCCGGCCCCUUUCAGGUCAUUUUUCUCCUUUUGGGACUUUGGUGGCAUCACACAGUAUCACUUUUAGUGGAGCCAACAAAUCAUGCUACACAGAUCUUAGGAAUAGAAGGCACUUAUAACGCCAAUAAGCACUAACAUGGUGACGACAGUGUUGCUUUUAACGUUAAGAGUGUGUUGCUUUCUACAUUUCACACUAUUGGCUAUAUGUGCAUGUGUACAGGGAUGAAUCAUAGCCUUAUCGCAUUAACAGUAAAACUUGUUAAACAAUGUCAUAAGGCAAGUUAAGAACACCUGCGUUUGUUAGGCUGUGUGAAGCUGAAGCUUGGUCAGGAAUCCGGUCUAAGUCGAAAGUGCUUCGUGAGACAGACCCGAGGUCAGCAGUGAAUCAUUUUACACUGUGACCUCAUGAAACAAACUAGGAUUGGUCUGACGUGAAUUAUUUAUGUAUCUUGAUGAAUUGUGAGCUAGAAUUGAGGUUAAAUGAAUUUUUGCAUAUGUUCUUCAAAGUUUGUCAAACUUGGCCAAAAAAAAAAAAUAACACAUCUGUGGGCCGAGCAUGGGUCGGUCAACGGGAUCCGAGGUGACUUGGACGUUCACAUGUUGGAGUUACUGCAGAGGAGAGAAACUAGCAACAAGUGUUAACUUGUGAACCUGCAAGCUAAAGAUUCACUCCACCUCAUGAAGGUGUGUGUGUGUGUGUGUGUGUGUGUGUGUGUGUGUGUGUGUGUGUGUGUGUGUGUUUUGUCAUCUUAAUAUUGUAAACUGAGCAGUCUAACUUGAAGCAAAGCUUGCAUGUAUGUUCUUACAGCUGCCCCCACCUCUCCGCCAGCCUUCUCCUCUUACUUACCUGUGUACCUGAAAUGUUUUGCACAGGGAACUAUAAUACAAUAAUGCAAUACUACACAAGACAGAAAGAAAUUUUAUAUAUAUAUAUGUGUAUAUGUAUAUGUGUGU